GUAAUGAUGAGCAGUUUGUUGCUAGGAAAAACAUUGUCCCCAGUAAUGUGUGUCAUGGUCCUUGUACCCUACCAGUGCUGCUCACAGUCAGGAAGAAGCAGGUUGCCCCUCUGAAGAAACUGGAUUGAACAAGAGCACUUCUUAUAGCGGGGUGCGCUUUCAUCUCUAUAAUGAAGAAGAGCAGAAGUGUCAUGACAGUAACUGCAGAUGAGAAUGCACUGGAUUACCUGGAGUGUGGGCUGAGUAAGUCCUACAGUACUUCUAGCCAUGCUCUGGGCAUAGACCUCUGGAGAGGAAGAAGAUGUUGUUCGGGUAAUUUGCAGUUACCACCACUGUCCCAAAGACAAACAGAGAAAGCAAGGACGCCUGACAGAGACAUCAUCUCUAGACCAACAACUCUGCCUUUGUUGACACCUCCAAGUAUUGCAAUUACCGCUUACCAAGACUGCUUCGACGUGGAGAAUGGCCCGUCGCCAGGCCGCAGCCCGCUGGACCCGCAGGCCGGCUCCUCGUCGGGCCUCGUGCUGCACACCACCUUCCCGGGCCACAGCCAGCGCCGGGAGUCCUUCCUCUACCGCUCCGACAGCGACUAUGACUUAUCGCCGAAGACCAUGUCCAGGAACUCCUCUCUUCCCAGCGAGCAACACGGAGAUGACCUGAUCGUCACACCUUUUGCGCAGGUCCUGGCAAGUUUACGAAGCGUGAGAAAUAACUUUACAUUGCUCACCAAUUUGCACGGGACAUCGAACAAGCGAUCUCCUGCCACGAGCCAGCCGCCUGUCUCCCGGGUGAGCCUGCAAGAGGAGCCCUACCAGAAGCUGGCCAUGGAGACGCUGGAGGAGCUCGACUGGUGCCUGGACCAGCUGGAGACCAUCCAGACCUACCGCUCCGUCAGCGAGAUGGCCUCCAACAAGUUCAAGCGGAUGCUGAACCGGGAGCUGACCCACCUCUCCGAGAUGAGCCGCUCCGGCAACCAGGUCUCCGAGUACAUCUCCAACACCUUUCUGGACAAGCAGAACGACGUGGAGAUCCCUUCGCCCACGCAGAAGGACAGGGAGAAGAAGAAAAAACAGCAGCUCAUGACACAGAUCAGUGGAGUGAAAAAAUUAAUGCACAGCUCAAGUUUAAAUAACACCAGCAUUUCCCGGUUUGGCGUGAAAACGGAGAAGGAAGACCAUCUGGCCAAGGAACUGGAAGAUCUGAAUAAGUGGGGUCUGAACAUAUUCAAUGUUGCGAGGUACUCCCACAACAGGCCCCUCACCUGCAUCAUGUAUGCUAUAUUUCAGGAGAGGGAUCUGCUGAAAACGUUCAAGAUCUCCUCGGACACGUUCGUGACGUACAUGAUGACUUUGGAAGACCACUACCACUCCGACGUAGCCUACCACAACAGCCUGCACGCGGCCGACGUGGCCCAGUCCACCCACGUGCUGCUGUCCACCCCGGCCCUGGACGCUGUCUUCACCGAUUUGGAAAUCCUUGCUGCAAUUUUUGCAGCUGCAAUUCAUGAUGUGGAUCACCCUGGUGUCUCCAAUCAAUUUCUAAUUAAUACAAAUUCGGAGCUAGCCCUGAUGUACAACGACGAGUCUGUUUUGGAGAACCACCACCUUGCCGUGGGUUUCAAACUGCUUCAGGAGGAGCACUGCGACAUCUUCCAGAACCUCACCAAGAAGCAGCGGCAGACCCUCAGGAAGAUGGUGAUUGACAUGGUAUUGGCCACAGAUAUGUCCAAGCACAUGAGCCUGCUAGCUGACCUGAAGACCAUGGUGGAAACGAAGAAGGUGACCAGCUCGGGGGUGCUCCUGCUGGACAACUACACCGACAGAAUACAGGUUCUCCGAAACAUGGUACAUUGUGCGGACUUGAGCAAUCCCACAAAGUCGCUGGAGCUGUACCGGCAGUGGACGGACAGGAUCAUGGAGGAGUUCUUCCAGCAGGGAGACAAGGAACGCGAAAGAGGAAUGGAAAUCAGUCCGAUGUGCGACAAGCACACAGCAUCAGUGGAAAAAUCGCAGGUGGGGUUCAUCGACUACAUCGUGCACCCGCUGUGGGAGACGUGGGCCGACCUGGUGCAGCCCGACGCGCAGGACAUCCUGGACACGCUGGAGGACAACAGGAACUGGUACCAGAGCAUGAUACCUCAGAGCCCCUCGCCGCCGCUGGAGGAGCGCGGCCGGGACUGCCAGGGCCUCAUGGAGAAGUUCCAGUUCGAGCUGACGCUGGAGGAAGAGGACUCGGACGGGCCCGAGAAGGAGGGCGAGAGCCUCGGCUACGUGGGCAGCACCGCCACCCUGCGCGUGGCCGGCCCGGGGCAGGACGAGCCUCGGAGGGAGCCCGACGUGGAAAUCGUGACGGAAGACACGUCCCCCGCCGACACAUAAUGUCCCGUCCCCGCGCCCGGGGGUGCCACACACUUGAGGAGCGCGCGAGCCGUCUCGGGGACGUGCCUGCAGCCUGGGCCGCCGGCCCGUGUCCGCCAGCGGCCGGACGAUCCUCCCAGCUGCUUGAGACGGGAGCCAGGGCUCGAGAUGGCGGCGCGAGCGGCUGCUCGGGAGCUCGGCAGGCGACCGACCUCGCGGUUUGAGCCUCGCCAGCGGAAAGCACGGCGCUGCUCUGCGCCUGGCUUGGCUCGACACCGAGCAGCGCACGACACGCUGAGAGAUUUCAUACCGGUGGGUUUGGGCAUCGACACCAGUCAGACUGACAGAAAGUGCUGACUCGUAACGCUGCGUAUACAAGCUGUCCACCCGACCACCUGUCUGCAGACCUGUGUGCCUUCUUUGUAAACACUUUCAUGUCUUUUCGAGAGUCUGUUAAACACACGGAGUUUAGUAGAAAAAGCAACACAAAGCGUUUCCAAAUUGACGGAUGCUUUUCUGAUUCUUCCUGUUCAAAGAAGCAGUCUUCCUUUUUUUCAUGGGCAAUACCUGUCACUUUAUUGCAGUUAAUCACUUUUACAGACUAAGCAGAAGGGAUCCCCCCCCCCGCCCCGGUUUUGCAUUCAUGCACCUCGAUAGUCUCCUCAAAACUCCAGGCAAUUGGAAGUCCCUCCAUGCCGUCGUGCAUCCUCUCCCUCUGCUUGCUAGAAACCACAGUGUUUUCUCCUCCGCGGGGUUUUGUUUUUGUUGUGCACUGGUAGAGGGUAGUCCGGUUUUCCUGGCACCGCGCAGUACGGGUGUCAGCGAGCGGCCUGUGCGCCGUGGACCUUGCACGCUCGCACGCUUGUCCUUCGCCUUCCCUCGGUUUAGGUCCACCGUCCUUCUCCCGCACUGCCUUGAGCUCUCACACCUCCAUUACUGUUUAUAACAGUGUAUUUAUUACGUCCUGUAUAUACUGUAAUGUUUUGUAAGUUAUUAAUUUAUAUAAAUUAACGCCGCCUGUCAGCGGCGACGUUAAUCGCGUGGAGAACUCGGAAUGCGAGUUGCCUUUUUUUCUUGUAACCUUUUGUAUUGCGUAAAAUAAAAGAACCUGAACACAGCGGAGGAGACGUACGGACCCCAGCAGGGCGUGCGGUUGCGGGCGCCGGGGCCGCGAGCUGCUUCCCGGGCCGCGAGCCUCCGGGGCAGCGCUGCAGCGAGACCCCGGGGAGCACCGGUGUCACCCGCCGAGCCGCCCAGCGUGACUUGCUACGACACAAAUGUGAACCGAUGUACUAAUUGUGCUGUGAAACUCCUGCCGACAGCUCGUCCGGCAUCGCUGACGGUGUCACUCGGUCUGUAAAAUACGUUUCAAGCUUUUGGUCCCACUCGUGACUAAAUAGUUAAUGACAAUAGCACAGCUGUGCAUGAUCCGUGGGUUUGUAUGUCCGUCGAACACUGCGUUGUUCCAGGUGGUUAUUUUAUUGUUUUCAGAAGUUUCACACAAUGUAUGUUAUAGUAUUAUAUAUUGUGUUCAGAUGCAUUCUUAAGAGAUUUUUAUAUGAAGUGAAUAAAUGAGAGCAUGACCCUG